UGGGAGGCCGAAGCAUGAGAAUUGCUUGAGCUAGGGAAUUCAAGACCAUUCACAGCAACAUGGUGAGACCCCCCUCUCUACAAAAAAUAGUUAGCUAGGUGUGGUGGCGCAGACCUGUGGGCUCAGCUAGGGAGACUGAAGCGGGAGAAUCACCUGAGCCCAGGAGGUUGAGGCUGCCGUGAGCUGUGAUCGUACCACUGCACCCCAGAGUGACCCUGUGGCAAAAAAAAAAAAAAGAAAGAAAAGAAAAGAAAAGAAAGAAAGAAAAAGAACAGACUUUAUUUUCACUUAAAGAUAACUCAAAUGCCAGCUCUUCCAGGAAGCCCUCCUGGAGCUCUCGGAUUGAGUUUCUCUCCCUUCUCUUUAAGCCAUUUCACUCCCUCUGGUCUCUGCAUACAGAACUGGGUAGACCUAGAGCCUGGUGGAGGGGGUGGGCAGCAGACUCAGCCCUGGGGUGAUGCCUCUGGGAUCUCCAGCCCUUGGCAGGUUCUGCCCUGUACUUUGUGGGGACCAGGGGAGGGGAUGGAUUGGCUCUGAGCCAGGUACACAACAAGAGCAUACUAAGAGCUUGCUGGAGUGCAUUCUUUCAACCAGUAUUUCCUGAGCACCCACACUGUGCCAGGACCACAUGGCUACCCCGGGGACCCCGUCUCCAUCCCCUGUCGACCCUCAACUCGUGGCUCACUCAGCACACAGUAGAUGCCUGAAGUGCUGGCUGCUGUUGGCCAAACAAUCAAAGGCAAGGCAUGGCCCUUCCUGCAGCCUUGGAGACAGACAGCCUGGCUCCAGAUCCUGCUCACGCCCCGUAGGGACCCGCUGGCCUUGGGUGGGUCGCUUAACCCCUCUGUGACAUGGACACGAUGGUCGCGGCAGCUCUGGAGCGCAGAGUGAGAUGAUGGGUGGCCGCACUUCACAUAGCUCCUAGUCCCGGCCAUGUCCUCAGUGGUGGUAUCACUUGUUAUUCUCCUUCCCUAAAUGUCCAUAAAUGUCCCUUGCUGGCUGGGUGGAACCGUUUCCAAGGAAAACUCUUUGGAAGGAGCUGGGGUCUUGGGGACUGACCAAGCACCUAGGGGUACAGUGGCUUCUCAAGUAACACCCUGGGGCUGCCCCAGAGAGGCCCUGGGCGGGGGAGGGCAGUGCCCAGAUUUAUCCACCAAUCGCACCGGCUGCUGGCACUGAGCACACUCUUAUCUGCCCAGCCCAGCAUGGGGGGGUGGCCAGGCCGGCCGGGGCGGGACGCUGCCUGGAGCUGGACACGGAGGAUCCCCAAGCCCUGCUGGGUGGGUGACAGCCGCUGAGGCUCUGAGUGACCCUGCAGGCUGGUGGCCAGCCGGCCGCCCAUCUCCCACACCAUGUCGGACGGCGAGGGCCCCUCAGCCGAUGACAGCGCUUCUGCUGCAAGUAGCAUGGAGGUGACAGACCGCAUUGCUUCACUGGAGCAGAGAGUCCAGAUGCAAGAAGACGACAUCCAGCUGCUCAAAUCAGCUCUAGCUGAUGUGGUUCGGCGGCUGAACAUUACUGAGGAACAGCAGGCCGUGCUUAACAGGAAAGGACCUACCAAAGCAAGACCACUGAUGCAGACCCUGCCUUUAAGAACCACUGUCAACAAUGGCACUGUGUUACCAAAGAAACCUAGUGGCUCUCUACCGUCCCCCUCCGGGGCCAGGAAAGAAACCGCUGUGCCAACAACCAAAAGUAACAUCAAGAGGACCAGCUCUUCUGAACGAGUAUCUCCUGGGGGUCGAAGAGAAAGCAAUGGGGAUUCCAAAGGAAACCGGAAUCGCACAGGCUCUACCAGCAGCUCUUCUAGUGGCAAAAAGAACAGUGAAAGCAAACCCAAGGAGCCUGUAUUCAGUGCAGAAGAAGGCUAUGUAAAAAUGUUUCUUCGUGGACGUCCUGUCACCAUGUACAUGCCCAAAGAUCAAGUGGAUUCUUAUAGCUUGGAAGCAAAAGUAGAACUUCCAACCAAGAGACUCAAGCUGGAAUGGGUCUAUGGGUACAGGGGUCGAGACUGCCGUAACAACCUGUACUUGCUUCCGACGGGAGAGACCGUCUACUUCAUCGCGUCCGUAGUGGUGUUAUACAACGUGGAGGAGCAACUGCAGAGGCAUUACGCUGGCCACAACGAUGAUGUGAAGUGCCUAGCAGUUCAUCCUGACCGGAUCACGAUAGCAACAGGACAAGUCGCAGGCACCUCGAAGGAUGGAAAACAAUUGCCCCCACAUGUGCGCAUCUGGGAUUCUGUGACAUUGAAUACUCUCCACGUCAUUGGAAUAGGUUUUUUUGACCGAGCAGUCACCUGUAUUGCAUUCUCAAAAUCUAAUGGAGGAACCAAUCUCUGUGCUGUGGAUGACUCUAAUGACCAUGUGCUCUCUGUAUGGGACUGGCAGAAAGAAGAAAAACUGGCGGAUGUGAAGUGCUCUAAUGAAGCUGUGUUUGCUGCGGAUUUCCACCCCACGGACACCAACAUCAUAGUUACCUGUGGAAAAUCACAUCUCUACUUUUGGACACUAGAAGGAAGCUCCCUUAAUAAGAAGCAAGGAUUAUUCGAGAAACAAGAAAAGCCAAAGUUUGUCCUCUGUGUGACUUUCUCUGAAAACGGUGACACCAUUACUGGAGAUUCAAGUGGCAACAUCUUAGUAUGGGGAAAAGGUACAAAUCGAAUAAGCUAUGCAGUUCAAGGGGCCCAUGAGGGUGGCAUUUUUGCACUUUGUAUGUUAAGAGAUGGCACACUGGUGUCGGGAGGUGGGAAAGACCGAAAGCUCAUUUCUUGGAGCGGGAACUAUCAAAAACUUCAUAAAACAGAGAUUCCAGAACAGUUUGGUCCAAUACGUACAGUGGCCGAGGGGAAAGGCGAUGUGAUCCUGAUUGGCACAACUCGAAACUUUGUCCUGCAGGGCACUCUGUCAGGGGACUUCACACCCAUUACUCAGGGUCACACUGAUGAGCUCUGGGGACUGGCCAUCCAUGCCUCAAAACCUCAGUUCUUGACCUGUGGGCAUGACAAGCAUGCCACUCUCUGGGACGCUGUGGGUCACCGUCCCGUCUGGGACAAAAUAAUAGAGGAUCCAGCUCAGUCUUCUGGUUUUCAUCCUUCAGGGUCUGUGGUUGCAGUCGGAACACUCACUGGGAGGUGGUUUGUGUUUGACACAGAAACAAAAGACUUGGUCACCGUUCACACAGAUGGAAAUGAACAGCUCUCUGUAAUGCGAUACUCACCAGAUGGGAAUUUCUUAGCCAUAGGCUCGCAUGACAACUGCAUCUAUAUAUAUGGCGUCAGUGACAACGGGAGGAAGUACACGCGAGUGGGCAAGUGCUCGGGUCAUUCCAGCUUCAUUACUCACCUGGACUGGUCUGUAAACUCGCAAUUCCUCGUGUCAAAUUCCGGAGACUAUGAAAUCCUCUACUGGGUUCCCUCUGCCUGUAAGCAAGUCGUAAGUGUGGAAACGACGAGAGACAUUGAAUGGGCUACCUAUACCUGCACUUUGGGAUUCCAUGUUUUUGGAGUGUGGCCAGAAGGCUCAGAUGGAACCGACAUCAAUGCCGUGUGUCGGGCCCACGAGAAGAAACUCCUGUCAACAGGCGACGACUUUGGCAAAGUGCACCUCUUCUCAUACCCCUGCUCGCAGUUCAGGGCUCCGAGCCACAUCUACGGCGGGCACAGCAGCCACGUCACCAACGUCGAUUUCCUCUGUGAAGACAGCCACCUCAUCUCCACGGGCGGGAAAGACACGAGCAUCAUGCAGUGGCGCGUUAUUUAGUCCCCACCGAGAGCUGUGGGGAGCAGCAUGGGCAAGGAAGACACAGACUCACAUUAUCCUUGGUCACUGUGAUUUCUGUUUUGUUUAAAAAAUUCUUACAAACCUCAGGAAAACUGUGCCCUCCGCCGGCUACCUUAGCUCAGUGCGUCAGCGGGCGCCACAGCGGAUCGGUGGUUCCGUGUUCACUUUUGUUGUACAAUAUAUGACACAGUGCACAUCGAAUACCAACAAGGUUCCAACGUUUACAUUACAGCGACAUCAACAGAAGUAACUGGUAUAUUCUUGGUAACUUUUCUAUGAACUCUUCAAAAAUGGUCACAGAAUGCCUUUUAAAACAUUGUAUAUAGUCUUCACUGUUUCACCAUCUAGCUUGCUAAGUCAAAUAUUUAUGAUGAUAAUGAGGUACUGAACCAUGAUGGCUGUUGAGGAGUUGGUCCUAAAAGGACAGAUCACUUAAGAAGAGUGAGUAACUGAUUUGCACGGCUGAAUCAGGAGACGCAAAGAUGAGACUGUAUUUGGUUACAUUUUCCAAGGUUUCCUUACAUUCUCCCAUGGGGAGGCUGUGAGAAAGGGCUGUGUUCCUCUUGUGCUGAGCAGAUUCUACUCCUAAUUGACUUAAAUAUUUCAGCAGGGUACACAGGCGUUUCCAAGUUUCAGUGACACCGUCCUGCCUAACCAGAUGCGGUCACCUCUUCACACCCACCUGGCUUGCAUCCCCCAUCCCUUGUUCACACGCCCUGAUUCACGGUGAGACAUUUUGCCACCUUCUUGUGUAUGUUACUUGGCAUGAGAUGAUAUUGUACUUGUAUAGGAUUCUAGCAAUUCAUAAUAAAUAUGUAAGACUAGGCUUUACUGUCUUAUGCUUAUGGACAUUGUAUAUUUGUAUUUUACGACCAAGUAGACCAAGUCAGAAAGAUCUCUCUCGAGCGUACUGUAAACCUGCAGAGAGAAGUCUCGAAGGGCUCCACCAGGUACCAAGGGCAGCUGCUUUUCCUGUCUUUUGUGCAUGGCGACUCAUUACAGUAUGAGAUAAGAUUGAGUUUCGAUGCGUUAAACGGAGGUGGCAGAAAUUUGUCAAGAAGGCCUUAUCCAUUUCGAUUGUGUGACAGAUUGAAAUUUAUUGUUUACAUUGGGGAAUGUAUCUCAAAUUUUUAAAUAGAAGAGUAAUAAACAGACUUUAAAACAAAUAUUAAGAUUUUUACUCAUUCUAGGCAAGCAAAUGAAUGGAAUUCUCUGAUCUCUAUGGCACUGGUUGUUUAGAGUGGCUGGUUAAGUGCAACUUUCAGAAACAUUGUUGAUGACAUCACCAGCCUACUGCGGAAGUGCAGGGCACCAGUAAACACCAUGUAUUAUGGAAGAUGAAUCUGUUUGUAUGUAUCCUUGUCAAAUAUAUUCUAUAAUGAAAUAAAAUCUGAAAAGUGGAUUUCUUAUUGACCUAUAUUCACGAAAGCAUAUAAAUUAAAAUAUUUAAAAUUAGAUAUGAUUCACACUAUGUUCUGUUUCAUAUGCAGAUUUUGUUCUUACCUGGGCCAUUUGCAGAUGAGACUGUAGUUUGCAGAUGAGACUAUAGUUUGCAGAUGGUGUGGAAACAUUCAUCAGGGGAGAUAACUAUAAAGGAUUUGGCCUAUUACCAUACUCAAUUGUCAGUUUACGUGGUUUUGUGAAUACUGGCAAAAGCAAUUGUUUUUCAAUUAACAGUGGAGGGAAUAAGAUGAGGGAAGGAAAAGGCAUUCAUUAUUGAUUUACAUGUCAGUAAGGUCUACUUUUAUUUCUAUGUACUCCUAUUUUCCAAGCUUAAUAAUAGACAAAGGAUAAAAAAAAUACACACACAAAUAUGUUACUAUUUUAGAUAUAUGUACUAUUUUAUAUAUAUGUAAACUACUAUAGCUCUCUUUAUAAUGAAUUAAUCAUUUUAUGAAUGAAUGAAUGAACGAAUUUGAUGGAUUUAAAA